AUGGGUAUAGUAUGUAGACAUGGUUUUUUUGCACUGAACCAAGCUGAUGUAACAAAAAUACCAAGACAUCUUGUUGUGAACCGAUGGACAAAAGGUGCUGAGAUGAGUCAUUCAUUGCAGUUCAAAGAAAUAUCAAAACAGUGCAAUGCAAUUGAAGUUACAAAUCGUAAGUUGAAUGACAUAUGGUAUGAUUUCCAAUCCUGUGUGAGUUUGGCAGGUCUAGAUGGUGAGAGACUUGACUACCUGGAAGGGAAGUUGAAGGAGUUGAAGCACAGUUUGCGUGAAUCUAGUUGGAAAUCUGACACACAAAACAAAAAUAAUGUAAUGGAGUUUUUUGUUGGCUCAAAAAUACCAGCGGAAGUGAUCGUUAAACCUCCCAUUGAAGGUAGAAACAAGGGGUGUGGACGGAGAAUUGUUGGUGAUUAUGAGAAAUUACUUACUCAACGAAGAAAGAAGGUGCCAAGGUUGUGUAAUAUGUGCAAAAAAAUCGAUUUCCAUGACGCACGGACAUGCCCAUUAAAGAAAACAAUACAGCAGAGUGAUGUUUAA